UUUCUGUAGUCAAGGUUCAGUUAUAUCACAGUUGAGACAACUCCCUAGAAACAAUGAUCCCUGCUAAAGCUGCUCUAGGAGCACAGGAAUUCCUUUGAUGAGCUCUAAGAGAUUGGUAACAAUACCUCCUGAAGGGCCAUGUUGCUAGGUAACAGCUUGUUUCCUUGGUCACAGUGAAUCCAUGGAAGACCCCCAGAAGAGGCUGCAGAUUCUUGGUGGACAGCUCUGGUAUCCCAUCCAGGGAACAUGAUGAAAAAUGUCUUCAGAAAAUAGAUUUAUGAAGGCAAGAGGAAUUUUUGCACCCGCAAGACAUGUCUGAAAGUUCCUCAGGUCAAAAUACAAGUAGUCAAGAGAUUUGUCCAUCUAAUUCAUCAUACUACUCUGAUCCAAGUGAGACCCACAUUGGGUCAGCUCCAUCAAGGAGAGGAACAUUUCACCUGCAUUUGGAUUCUGGAAUAUCAUCCUUGCUUCCUUCAGAUUCUUGUAAGUACCUCACUUGGCACAAGGUAGAACAACAUGACAUUCAAGGAAGUCAACUGCGUUGCCCAAGAGUAAGAGAAGGACCCUCUGAAGAAGGGCACCUUUUCAGACAGCUAGAGUGUGCCUUGCCCCCAAGGAAAAGAGUUCUUGAAAAAAACAAAUGGGAAACAUGGCUACAAGGAGACUGGGAAGACUGCAAGAACUUGAACAUUUCAUUUCAGGAUCUGGGGGAUCCUUGCCAAGUUGAAAAUUUUAACAGAAUUCUUAGAAGACUAAUUCGAGUUGAAACCCUCUGGUUAGUGGAUAAUUCACUGGUGGACUUAAGUGCCAUAAGAUUGCCAAGCUGCAGAAUUUUAAACAUGAGCAAAAACCAUCUCACAUCUUUCAAACAAUUGCCAAAGAUACCUCAGAUAGAGCAUUUAUCCUUGGCCGAAAACCACAUUGAGACUCUGACUGGACUCUCCAGUUUACGGUGCACGCCACUGGAAUCCCUUAUUCUCAAGAGGAACCCCUGUGAGUUCCACCAAAAUUACAGGAAGCGAUCCGGAAGACAGCACAAUUCAAAAGAGAAAGGACUUAAUGAUAGAGCUAAUAUUUUAAGUCCCAGUAGGUUAGAAGGUGGCCCCAUUCCUGGGACACCUACAGGCAAACUUCUCUAACAUUCUCCAGGAGUCAAACAUGAUAUUAGUUCAUUAUAGCUUGACUUAAAAAAAAAAAAAAAAAACAGUGGCUAGAAAUUCUUGCCAGCUUAGUCUGAAUUUUGAAGCCUGAAGACGUAGAUUUUAAUAUUUGCGUUGUCAUCUAGAGGCUUUAUAAUUUUGAAUAAGUUACUUAAAAUGAGGGAUAAAAACCAAUCUGACAGAUUUGUUGUGAGGAUUAAAAGAGAUGCAUAAGAAGUGAUUAAUGUUAAGAAAAUCAUGCAGCCAAUGGGAGCUUUCAAGGAGGUCAGCACCUUCAUUAGUUGACUUAGCAUAUCUGCUAGGAGGUUUCAAUAUCUUUCAUGAAGGGAAAUUCGAAUGCCAUAGAUUUCCCCCAGCCUGAGCCCUCAGAAUUCCAGAUCUAGAAAAGCUGUUCAUUCUAAAGAAAAUGCUGCUUUUUAACACUAGUAUGUAUAUGACCACUGUUAACUGGGUUGACCUGAGAGAUCUCUUUCUGAACAUAGAAGUGACUCCCUAAAUUUGAAAUAUGAGCUUUACAGCACAAUAUUAUUUCCCACUCCCUCUUUUAUAUUUACCAGCCAGAAUUCUUCUUUAAUUAUCACUAAAUAUCAUGGGCUUGCUUUACUUUCUCUCUCUUUAUAAACUUAAACUUUAUAAUGAGCACAUAUAUCAUGAUCUUACUUUUUCUUUUGUGGUUAGUUGGCUAAAUCCACUCAUUGAUUUUUUUUUUCCUUAUAAGAUUGUAAAAACUGGAAUGAAAUUCUCUUAUAAAGACAGACUGUAGGCAGUUCCACUUAUCUGGUCAAAUUUACCACUUGCUGGAAGAUAUAUUAGAUCCCUGAAAGGGCAAGCUAUGACAGGGUCACCAGUUCAAUUAACUGAAUAAUACUUCAUUUUAGCUACACUGCAAAGAUAAGCAACACAGAAUGAAGUGAUAGCUAUUCAUCUUCCAUAUAACAAUAGGCAAAAUCCAUUCACAUAUAAAGAGAAUAAGUGAAAUAAAAUGCUUUUGUUCAAUACGGCUUUUUUUUUUUUUUUUUUACUUUU